UUUGGUGGAAAUUUUUUCGUUCUUUUCGUUCGCGGAUUGAAACCUUCGACCCUUGUUUCAAUGUUGCGAAGACAAAUCGUGGAGUUUCUUUAGUUCUACAGCCGAAGUAUUAUAAUUAUCCGCCGGCAGUUUUAUCCCUCCCUCCGUGCUAAGUAAUUUUCACCUUCACGUCUCCUAUUUUAGUUGAAUACUCGUUCUGUUACAAUGGCAGCCUCCUCCAGAGUUUUCGCACGAUUUGUGGUUUCUUUAAAUAAUGCAAGAGCUAGUAGCAAUGUGUACUCUCAAACUAGACCCAACCUUAAACUGACCAGCAAAACAAAAGUAAUCUGCCAAGGUUUCACUGGAAAGCAAGGUACGUUCCACAGCAAGCAAGCCAUCGAAUAUGGAACGAACAUGGUUGGAGGUGUCUCGCCCGGCAAAGGAGGCAAAACUCAUCUCGAUUUGCCAGUUUUCAACUCCGUCAAAGAGGCCAAAGAUGCAACCGGAGCUGAAGCCACUGUGAUCUACGUUCCUCCACCUGGUGCUGCAAAAGCUAUUUUUGAAGCCUUGGAUGCUGAAAUGCCUCUGAUUGUUUGCAUCACCGAAGGUAUUCCUCAACAAGAUAUGGUCAAAGUGAAACGGCGGCUUGUCGAACAAAACAAAUCCCGAUUGAUUGGCCCCAAUUGUCCUGGAAUCAUCGCCCCAGACCAGUGCAAAAUUGGGAUCAUGCCGGGUCACAUUCACCAAAGAGGAGUUGUUGGUGUUGUAUCAAGAUCAGGAACUCUGACCUAUGAAGCUGUCCACCAAACCACACAGGUUGGACUUGGUCAAACUUUGUGCGUGGGAAUCGGAGGAGAUCCAUUCAACGGCACAGAUUUCAUCGACUGUUUAGAAGUCUUCCUGCACGACCCUGAGACCAAGGGUAUCAUUCUUAUUGGAGAAAUCGGUGGUGUUGCUGAAGAGAAGGCUGCCGAAUAUUUACUAGAACACAAUUCUGGAAGCAAUGCUAAGCCUGUUGUUUCAUUCAUUGCUGGAUUAACAGCUCCCCCUGGAAGGCGGAUGGGACAUGCUGGUGCCAUUAUUUCAGGAGGCAAAGGUGGUGCCCAAGACAAGAUCAAGGCUUUAGAAAAUGCUGGUGUCAUCGUCACGAAAAGUCCAGCACAAAUGGGUAAUGAACUGAUCAAAGAAUUCAGGCGGAAAGAACUAGUUUAGACCAAUCAUUUAUUAAUACUCUGUAGUCUGUUGUUACCUUUAUCGUCUUUUUUCCUGGCAUCCUUUAUCGUUUUCAUCAGACUGUUCCAUCUCCGAGUUAACUUCAGCUCUCUUCUCCAACCAUCCCCUAGCUUUAUCCCAAUGAGAAAAAGGUGAUUUGCCCCAACCACUCAUCCAAUUCUGUUUACAACCUGUAGUUUUUAAUUGUUAUUUCAUUACCGAGCUGCCUGUUCAUUUUACCUUUUCUUGUAUUUAUGUAAUUUUACUAGUUAAGACCCAGUUUCUUACUGUCAGCUGACCAUCUGUGAUGAUCGAACUCAAACGAGCAAAGUUCUACCCGUCAACAUCGAUGAGCGAAGCUCACUUCUUGCGUUUAUAUUGUUGUACGAUAAUUGCAAACUUCCUAAUUUGCUAGCAUUAACUUAAAAUUUUCAGAUGUUCUCUAGUUGUUAAGUAGGUUUGUCGAGAAUUUUUCUUUCGAACUUUUUCUUGCACCCAUUUUUUUAUUAUUUUAUUUAUUUUGGGAAAUGUAUUAAAAAGCAACAGGCAGAGUUUAAGUUUCUGUCGGAUUCCCCAACCUCUCCUCCUAAAAUUGUGAAUAUGAUUUUAUGGUUGCCUAGAGUUAAUGUUGUCAAGUAAACUUGAUGGUUGAAAUCGUUUGCUCAAUUCGGCCCUCUCGUAAUAACAGCUCCGUAAAAAAUGAAACUAUGAAAUUUUCAAAGCCCAUGACUUGGAAUAUGCAAAAUGCAAAGGAUCCAUCCACUAUUUAGAAAUUAUGUGAGCUGUUGAGAGGUUAUGCUAGUUGUGUAUGAGAAGUGUCCCUUACUUAAUUUUAAAUUUGUUUCAAUUGCUAUACCUCUGAAAUCCCUCCUCAUCAUGGAAUUAUUUUACAUCGGUGCUCAAUGGGAUUUUACGAAUGAUUUGGCAAAGAUUUCAAGCUUUGAUAAUGUGUUAUCUUUUAGAUGAAGAGGUUUCCAAAACUUUUAUAUUGAGGCUUUUUAUUGCCGGAAUUGUCGCAAGAUUAGAAGGCAAUAUUGACUUUUGGUUCACAUCCGUGGUGUUUCCUACAUCCUUUUGAUAAUAAUUAAUUGCUACACCGUUUUGGAAAUUAAGGAUUUAGGAGAAAUAAUCUAUUUAACAUUCAGUGCAGCAGUAUUAUUGUGCGGUUCAACAUCAUAUGUUGAGCCAUCUCCUGAAUUGUUUGCCCGUUAAAAUUUAAGUUCUAGUUGUAAUGUAAAGCAAGCAUCCUUUUCAGCGACAACCUGGGAACAACGUCCCCUCUCUCUCUCUCCCACCUUUUAUACGCAGGUUAACUGCAGGUUUAGAAUUAAAUCAAAGACUGAAAGGACUUUUAUAUUUUGCUCCGCCGUUUUGAAUUUAUCAGAUUAUCAUUUUUUAAUUUCUUGAAAUGAGGUUGAAUAAUCUUUUGUAAUUUUUGGGAUCAUGUAGAAAGCCCUAGAGGAACAAACAAGACUAGAUUUUUCUAUCAUGCCAAAGUUAGAGGUCUGAAUGAUCUAUCGCGGAGGGGGGAUAGUUUUUUUAAAAAAAUAUGUUUGUAACAAAGUAAUGAUGUAAGGUUUCGAAACCACCAAAGAUACAUAGGGAACCAUGCCUCUACAUCAUCGAUGCUAUCUACUCGUAAAAAUGGGUUUUGCAAGAGGAGAUACGCUUUCUUUUUUCCUUUUCGAAGCACCAGUUUUUGUUGUUAAAAUUGUUUUUUUAAAGUUUUAUUUUUAUUAUGUGUAAUUUUCAUUGUUAAUGCUAUUAACUAGCCUCUUUUCAAUGCCAUUAAAAUCAAAUAAAACCCAUGUUAAAGUAAAGAUCGAA